AUGACAGAGAUCAAACGAGAAAGGGAAAGAGAACAUUCAGGGUGGAGUCUGGGCUCAAUUGGUUGUCAAAUUUACGGGUUUACGGGUAUGCUGUUUGGGCUGGGUAAUAUUGGAACCCUGACACUAAUCAGCAUUGACCGCUAUCUUCUCACUUGCAAACACUCGCGGUGUAAUUAUGCCGCCGAACGAACUGGGAUUGCCUGCCUCGUUUCAAUACGGAACAGCCGGAUGCAGUAUAUGUCCUACGUGAUGUCAGUGUUUAUAACAAGCUUUCUUCUGCCUUCUCUUAUAAUCACCUAUUGCUAUGCCAACACCUGGAAGUUUUUAAAAACGUUAGGGGACGGUCGACUUCAGGAAAAUAUUGAAUGGACGCACGAGAAGCAAAUUGCAAAGCUAUUUCUUCGAGACAUUUUCGACAGUAAAAUAGCAGUCAAUCUUUUUCAGAUGUGCCUGAUAGUCAUUGUUCUGUUCCUGGUUGCGUGGACUCCAUAUGCAGUUGUGUGUCUGUGGUCAGCUUUCGGGGAUCUGGAUGACGUUCCACUGCCAUUGCUGGCCAUUCCUUCAAUUUGUGCCAAAACGUCCGCCUGUUAUAACCCUGUGGUAUAUUCCUUAGUCAACGAACGGUUUCAAUUAGCCUUCAGGAAAAUGGUUGGCCUUAGAACGUCUAGACGAAACCUGUUGCUAAUGAGACUACAUAACAUUGGCAACGAAUAAUGAAAUAUACCAUCAAAUACAAGAACAGUCAGACAUAUAUCCUUAUACUGCAAAUGUCUUAUAUUUCUUCCCUUUGUAAGUCGGAAUAUGCUUAAACAUGUAUUUAAAUAGUUAAAAACUUUGUUAAAAAGAAGAUUUAAUGGUCUAGCCCGUAAUAUGCCAGUUGAACCAAGCUAAUUUGUUUCUCAAAAACAAUUAUUUAUGUCUAUUGAUACAACAUUUCGAACGAAUUAUUGAUGUACCUACAUGUUUUGACAAAUGCACACACAGGUAAUCUAUGGGUAAAAUCGGACCUUUGGACUUCCGGCUUCCAUGAGCGGAAUUUCCCAUCCGUACCGGAAACUCAUGAGCGAUGCUUAAAUCAUGCACGUCUGUUUAUAUAAUUAUCUUUUGAUCAAAUAUAUUGUUUGUUUUCGUAAAAAUGUGUUUGGUUAAUAUUGUUUUUGAAUACUUG